AUGUCUCGUGUUUACAGAUCGCUUCUCUAUAUGUUUAUCGUGGUCCAGAUGUUCGGUCUCAGUUUGUGUACAAAACCUGUUCUUUUGAGACAGGAAGCCAGUCUUGACAAGCCGAACCAGAAUCUUAACCAACACAGAGCGCCCAAAACAGUUGCAGAGCUUCAUAAUAUUGACAAGAGGGAGACUGCAGUUAUCGCAGAGGAUAAGAGACUCAGAGACUUCGUUGGGAAAAGAGCUCAAAUAGAACCGGUUGAACUUCAGCCUUUGACCCCCGAGCAAGGUUUCUCUGAACUGCCUAUAGAUGCUGUUGCAGAUUAUGAAGAAAGGCAACCAGAUGUUCACGAUGGUAACACUUACAUACCUGAAGAACACCUUUUUCCCUCCCCGCAGUCAUCUUUUGAAGAAUCUUACUUCCUUCCGCCAUAUUACAAGAGACUACGCGAUUUCGUGGGCAAGAGGGAGGAGAAACGUCUGAGGGAUUUUGUUGGUAAACGACUGAGAGAUUUUGUAGGGAAACGAAGCCAUAUUCUAUACGACGACGGUUUCACCAACGAGAAGAGACUCCGGGACUUUGUGGGGAAAAGAAACGACUUUAUAGAGAACUCUGAAGACGAGUUUCAGCCAGAUGUUUCCAAGAGAUUACGAGAUUUUGUCGGGAAGCGAGACCUCAGUGAUAACUUUCGCUUUAAACGUGCACGAGAAUUUGUUGGAAAACGAGAUGACAUCAGUAAAAGACUACGAGACUUUGUUGGCAAGCGCGCCGAAUAUUAUCCUAGCUACCUGUUGCCGAGAUACGACAAACGACUCCGAGAUUUCGUCGGCAAACGAGAGGCCUAUGAAAUUUUUGAUGAAGGUAAAAGACUGCGAGAUUUUGUAGGGAAACGAGACGGAGACGAUAUUUUUGAAGAAGAUAAAAGACUACGAGACUUCGUCGGCAAAAGAGAUGACAAACGCGCAAGAGAAUUUGUGGGGAAAAGAUCUGACAAGCGCGCCAGAGAAUUCGUUGGGAAAAGAGACGAUAAACGCGCUAGAGAAUUUGUUGGGAAACGAGAUGACAAGCGCGCUAGAGAAUUCGUUGGGAAAAGAUUCCAAUUUGACGGCGACAGUGAAGAAGAGCCGUUAGCCUAUAAAAGACUGCGAGAUUUUGUGGGGAAAAGAAAUGACUUCACAGACUUUGACAGACCGGCAGUGGGCAAGAGACUCCGUGACUUUGUGGGCAGGAGGUGA